AUGGGACUCGAACAGCAAUCCGAUGUGCUAGGAAAAUGGUACUAUGCAGCGCCGCUUACGUCGGACAACGGUGACCGUCUGGUCGACUUGUGCGAACAGACGGGCCUCAUCAUUGCUUCUACGUUUAAGAGGAAUCAUCGACGCCAUCAGCUCACGUGCGUCAGUCAGAUAUCCGAAAAUCUAGAGCUGUUUGGGACGUCGCUUUCGACUCUGACCACCGUCCAGUUCACCACAGCUUCAAAAUGCGAUUCCACAAGAGAAACCGAGGAGUUCCUCCUCAGCCGAAAACCGAAAUGGCAGUUCUGGAAGGAAGAUGAUGAAUGCAGAACAAAAUUCCGCCAACGUGUGCCUAUUCAUGUUGCAGUACGGACCAGAAUGAAGCUUAGCGAUGCGCUUUCCUUCACAAAGCGCAUCCAGGAUGCUGUAAAUGAAACGCUCCGGGCUCUAUUGCCGCGAAAGAAGUUUGCCUUUGCAUCUGCGGAGACAAGAUCCACGUACAAUUCUGUAUGUGCCGCGCGCAGUGCUGGUGACUUCAACCAGGAAAAGCGUCUUAGAAGGAAGCUGCGUCGUCAACUGCAACAAGACCGCGAUAACGAGUGGACGUCAAGAGCGAUGGAGUUUGAGAAGGCGUGGGAGGACAGGAACCCGCGGAAAGCCUAUGCUCUACUAAAACAGUAUAGCGGCAAAAUGAAAAGAUGUUCCCCUGUCCUCAACACUGCCAAUGCGGUAGCUGUCUGUGAAGCAACCUUUCCAAUUUGGAAGGAACACUUCAAGCCCUUGCUGAACCGGUUACCACCGUCAGCUCCUGAACUCGAACACGUUCAUAGACCGACAUAUGCGGUUAACGAGGAGCCACCGACCGAGUCGGAGGUCCUGGUCUGUAUUCAAAAAAUGAAGAAUGGAAAAUCUGGCGGAGCCGACGGGAUUGGCGCAGAAAUGCUAAAAUAUUUUCCUCCGUCUGGGAUUCGUGAGAUGACAAAGAUCAUUUGUUUGAUAUGGAUAGACGAAAGGAUACCUGAUUCGUGGAGACACGCUAUCAUAAUUCCCCUCCACAAGAAGUUAUCCGUCACGGACCCCAGGAAUUAUCGAGGAAUCUCUUUGCUGCGUGUUAUGUACAAUAUGUACAAGGUAUUGGAGCACAUUAUCCUGGACCGACUCAUUAAACAUCGCGAAGAAACAACGAGCGACAAACAAGCUGGCUUUCGUCCUGGCCGAUCUACGAUUGACCAGGUGUUCAUCGUCAAGAGAGUGAUCGAAAUCUGGCAGCGGUAUUCGAAGCCAAUGCAACUACCGUUUCUUUACUUUGAAGCCGCGUUUGACUCUCUUCACCGAGGCCGUCUUCUCAACGCCCUCCCCGCCGAUGGAGUACCAGGAAAGUUCGUUCGCUUGCUUGAUGACAUGAAUCAACGAACAACUGCUGCAGUUCGAACACGAGCCGGAUGUACAACGCCGUUUGAAGUGGUAACUGGAGUAAGACAAGGGGCAGUGGCAGGACCUUUCCUGUUCAAUUUCGCAAUCGGCGACAUUAUGCGAAGAAUAGUCGACCAGUGUCCUGCCGACAUUGCCUUAGCACCAUCAGGGUGCCCCUUGACUGACCUCGAUUACGCCGACGAUGUCGUUAUAUUCGCGGAAAGCAGUACGAAACUUCAACAUGUUGUCAACCUUGUAUCGAAGCUGGCUGCAGCCUACGGACUACGCCUACGCCCUGAUAAAUGCAAGCAGAUGUGGAUCUCUUCGAGACCAUGA